UGCCUGCUGUGUGUAUGGUGCGCUGCGACAUACCAUGGAGGAAGAAAAAUAGAUACACAGUACACGGUAUGUAGUGGGAAGCAGAACACACUGAUCCCUACAAUAAAGUGAAGGGAAAAAAAGGACUUGUUCCAUUCAGCUCCCUGCCUACAGCUUGCCGAUGGGGAGUACACUAGUCUGCAGUGUGAGUAGUAGUACAUACAGGCCUACUCUUGCUUAGGUCUGGUCUGGGGCUAACGAGUUUUGCAAUAAAUAUUUUAUUGCAUAUUCGUGGUGCAAUCACUACCACACGGUACAGAACUGACUACGGACUAGUGACACUGACACUGUGACAGUACACACUUCAUCACUUUUGCUUUGGGCGUUCUCAUCCCUUCGGCAGCAGAAAUUUUUGCUGCAAGGACCACAGAAGAACUGAUCACAAGUACAGCGGCCCGGGGUACAGAACUAUAAUAACUUUAUCGAGAAUGGCCGACCAACUUCCAGCCGCUGCUUACCAGGCGGCGCUUGCCGCCUCCAGCGGCUCGGUGCCUCCUGGCUCGGUAGAGGUUCGUGGUUAUGACUUUAACCAGGGCAUCGACUAUCACAAACUCCUCCAGAGCUACAAAACCACUGGUUUCCAGGCCUCAAACUUCGGGCUUGCUGUAGAGGAGAUAAACAAAAUGCUCGACAAGAAGGCGGAGCCAUUGUCAGAAGAGGAGGUUGUCAAGGGAACAGAGCUCAAUCCGGUGCACCGAACGAAGACUAACUGCACCAUAUUUCUUGGUUACACAUCUAACCUGAUUUCCUCUGGUCUGAGAGAGAAUCUUUGCUUCAUUGCUCAGCAUAACUUGGUGGAUGUAAUAGUCACUUCAGCAGGCGGUAUCGAGGAGGACUUCAUCAAGUGCCUCGCUCCGACCUUCAUGGGGGAUUUCAGACUGUCUGGACGAGAGCUAAGGAGCAAAGGAAUCAACCGCAUCGGCAAUCUUCUCUCUCCUAAUGAUAACUACUGCUUGUUUGAAGACUGGAUCAUGCCUAUCUUGGAUCAGAUGCUACUGGAGCAGAAAACGCAAGGGACGCGUUGGACGCCAUCUCGUAUGAUCGCCAGACUAGGCAAGGAAAUCAACAACCCAGAGUCUGUUUAUUACUGGGCGUACAAGAACAACAUUCCAGUGUUUAGUCCUGCUCUCACUGAUGGGUCCAUUGGAGAUAUGUUAUACUUCCACUCCUACAAGAAUCCUGGAUUGGUGCUUGAUAUUGUAGAAGAUAUCCGGCUAAUGAAUAACCAGGCGUGUUUUGCAACUCACUCUGGAAUGAUCAUCCUAGGAGGUGGUCUCAUUAAACAUCACAUCUGUAACGCCAACCUUAUGAGGAAUGGAGCGGACUUCUCCGUCUUUCUGAACACAGCUAAUGAGUUUGACGGUUCAGACUCUGGUGCCAGACCUGACGAGGCAAUCUCCUGGGGAAAAAUCAAGACCACUGCGUCACCCGUCAAGGUAUAUGGUGAAGCGACCCUCUUGGUUCCACUCCUGGUGGCUGAAACAUUCGCCCGGCGGGUAAAACUUCCACACAAGACCGAAGAAAUUAUUAAAUAAGGAUGGAAUCUACAAAUUGCUAUCUAAAGCAUACGGCUGGGGCACAUUUGGGUUUUUUUUUUCUUUUGAGUAAGGUGGGCAAGCACAGAUGAUAUUUUUAUAUUAAUGCUGUUAUUUUACCACACGUUGUAUGUUUUUAACGAGAAUUAUGUUUGUAAAAUGUCCCUGGCGACAGCUGAUUUAGAUUGGCAGCACAAAUCAGUUAGUUGUAACCCUCACCUUGAAGUAAAAUGUUUCCACCUGUUAAUGUGUAGAGUUUUUAGUCCAAUAACAAAACUCUUGACAUUAACAUUUAUUCAACAUUUGUUUAUAAAACAAUAUUUAAUGUUGGGUACCCAACAAGAUUUGCUGGGAUUGUACCAUUAUUGGGGUGGGGGAAAUGAGAAGAUUGAACCUGGAAGCUCGCUUGAUGUUUUUACCAGUUUCAAUUUCUACAUAGACAAAUUUCUGAAUUCUCUGAAUUGUUCCUAUUUUAAAAUCAUACAACUUGAAUGUAAAACUUAUUUUGUAACUUUAUUAUGGUGUGCAUUCUUUUCUGUAAAUAAACCAAUUCAGCAUAGUAGCUGAAACUGUUU